AUGGCCCGUGGGGCCGGUGGUCUACUCGACGGUGGAUUUGUUUUCAAACUCGGCCGACUUUUUCGUACUCCCUACGGUGGUGAAGGCGUUGACUUUAUCGACCAACUUAACUACCAAUUCACUGGUGGAUUAAUACUUAUUUUCAUCAUCAUUAUCAGUCUGCGACAGUACGUCGUUUCCGAAACAGAUUUAAAAAUUGGUUCGCGAUCAUCUGCUCGAGCAGGAAAGCCAAUCCAAUGUUGGGUACCUCCAGAAUUCACACGAGCAUGGGAGGAGUACACCGAGAAUUACUGUUGGGUGUCGAACACUUAUUUCCUCCUGCCUCACGAAGACAUUCCCGCAGAAGAGCUGGAGUACGAAAAAAUCAAAUUCAUCGGCUACUACCAGUGGAUGUCAAUAGUUUUAGCGGGCCAGGCUAUGAUGUCUUGGGUGCCGCAUCUCCUCUGGCGUGUCUGUUCGCGUCGUCUUCCCCUUCUGCUCAAAUCCGCCAAGGAGGCUUCCAUUCCAGAUCGCGAAUUGCGCCUCAAAGCUGUCUCCUGCCUAGUGGCCACGUUAGAGGAGCAAGCGGAGUCACAAUCGCGAUUCCGGCGAAUGAAGUCCUUUGUAAACCGGUGCCUCUGUGGCAUCGCACCCAAUGCACGACUUACAUUUCUCUUCCUCUUUGUGCGCGCCCUUUUUAUUGCCAAUUGUUUGGGCCAAAUCUACCUGAUGAAGUGCUUCACCGGAUUCAAUAGCACGUUCUUUGGACUACAACUCCUGCAAGACCUCACAAAGGGUGAGGAAUGGGACACUAGUGGCCAUUUCCCUCGUGUCACGUAUUGCAACAUCAAGGUUCGAGUCAUGGGCCAACCUAAACCCGCGAGUUACUCCCUGCAAUGUGUCCUCCCAAUAAACAAUUUUGUAGAGAAGAUCUAUAUAUUUCUUUGGUUUUGGUUCGUCAUCCUCUGCUCUUUGACGAUAAUGAACACCAUUCAGUGGACCAUCAACACCAUGCUUCCCGUACGACGCGUCUGUUACAUAAAGCAGUACCUGAAGGCGCUGCGACUCAUCUCCAGCACGGAGGAACGAGACUGCACCCGUUUUGUUAAUCAAAACCUCGGUGCAGAUGGCAUCUUUAUCCUCCACAUCGUCUCCAAAAUUGCCAGUGAUCUGAUAGCCUUGGAUGUCACUGCAACUCUGUGGAAGAACUAUCGACAAGCCAAGAUUACUGGUACGGAAGAGGAUGUCAACCGACUGCUAGAGACAGUUAAUAGGGGCUCAAGUGCUGUAUAG